AUGAUUUUGUUAAUUAUUUGCAGUUUUCUACAUAUGCGAAUUCCACAUAAAGUAUAAAGUUUAAGAUCACAGCUUAUUAAAAAAAAAUCAGAAGUAUUUAGAAGAUGGAUUAGGAGCAUUCCUUUUUUUAAUGUUUAUGAUUUUAGCAAAUUAAUUCUAUAAACAAGUAAAUGCUACUCUUAAUCUUUUAGGAAAUUUUAUUAAAUCUAAAAACUCUUAUGUAAUUUUUAAAUGUUCCCAGAAUUUAAAGCAAUUAUUAUUAUUGUUUUAAAAAUAUGA